CCAUCUCAACAGGCACAAUCAAAAACCACCUCAAUGCCCAGUAACCCCAAGCCGGACUAUCCCACAGAAAGGAGUUUAGUCCCAAGCCCCGGAGGCCCGGCAGGCCGCCUCCAGAGGAGCCCCCGCAGACGCCAUACUAAAAGUCAAAAUGGCUGCCCCAAGGAAGCCCGCACCGCGCAGCUAAGAAGGGUUGGGGAACAAGCUUCUGCGGGAAAGGGGGAGGGGGGCUCUCGGAAGAGCCGUCGCCAGAACCAUAGGCAGGAGUAUCGCCCCCCCCCCGAGCUGCACAGGUUCUAGUUUCAGAUACCCCUUGACAUAACUUUUGAACUAUCCGGAAAAAUACUGGCCAGGAAAAAUGAUAAAAUUUUUCCUCAUGGUGAAUAAACAAGGGCAGACCCGACUUUCUAAAUACUAUGAACAUGUGGAGAUUAAUAAGCGUACACUUCUGGAAACGGAAGUCAUAAGGAGCUGUCUCUCCCGAUCCAAUGAGCAAUGCUCUUUCAUUGAAUUUAAGGAUUUUAAGCUGAUUUAUCGACAGUAUGCAGCUCUCUUCAUUGUGGUUGGAGUUAAUGACACUGAGAAUGAGAUGGCAAUUUAUGAAUUCAUCCAUAACUUUGUGGAAGUUUUAGAUGAAUACUUCAGCCGCGUGAGUGAAUUAGAUGUAUCCUUUUUCAAAGCCAUGAGCCAGGUUUUCCUCAGUACUUGGCAAAGCACAGGCUAGUCCUGAUCAGGAAUGUAAAUUGAAAGCAGGGCUGCAAGGGGUGAGAGCUGGCCCGUGGGCUCAGGGAGUAUGUCUUUGGGAAGGGGAGGCCCUGAGGGGCAAGGGAGCCAAAACCUUGUCAGCACGAGAGCUGCAGUCAGUGCUGUCAUGAGUGAAGAGUCUCAGAAUGAUGAACGGUCCCCAAGGGAGUCAGCCAUUUACCUGGGAAAGGGAUGUGAAGGUUCCAGAUUAAACAGGUCUGCCCUCCGGACUUCACCGACUCUCACUGGACUCUCACUGGCCUUCGCCGUCUCCUUAUUUUCUCUGCGUUCUCUGCGUCCUUGGAUGCCAUAUCCAUCCGCCACUGUACCUGCCCAAGUCUGCCUGCCUGCCUUCCGCCCACUCCUUUUGUUCCACGCUUCCGGCUUCCAGCUGGUUGACUCAGAAAUAGGGACAGCGGGUUAUGAGGGGCAACAGUGUUAGGGGAAAAAACAAGAGAAACGGACAGGCUCAUUUGACCCAACGCUGACUUUCAGAUUUGUGUGAUUUUACAUAAAUCUAUAUAAAUUUUUAAAAAACUACACCUG